AUGUGUCCUGCAGAUACCGAAGCUUCAACCUUGGGAUCCCCGCUCCCAAACAGACAAGUCGAUGCCUCUUACUACGAGGGAAAAAAGAGGAGGGAGGAGGAAAAACUCUCAUUGAAGAGGGAGGAACUCGCCUUGAAACGAGAUCAGCUCGCCUUCCAGCGCGAGCUGCUCAAGGCCGAGAGAGACGAAAGAGAGCGCAGGGACGAGCGCGAUCGCAAGGAGAGGGAGGAAAGAAUGAAUGCAGAUCGGGAAGAGAAGCAUGAGAUGCGAGAGAUGAUUAUGCAACUCGCCAGGAAAUGUCGCCAUUAA